GUCCUGCUUAUCAAUUACCGGGGUUCUCACCCAGGAUUUGUGUUUUGCAAUUGUGCAAAAAUUUCUGGAAGUCCGGCCUCGGUUGGACAAGCAUUAGCAGAGAGACUGGGACAGCGACGUCGCAGAUGGUGGCGUCGUUUGCCUGUAUUGUGUGGUCGUGUGAAGAGAGCAUUUUCAUUUAUAAAUCUUUCGUACGUGUUGUUGUUGAGAUGGCUAUCGUAGAGAGACUUGUGCAAGAGCUAGCUUUUCAUGCGUAAUGCUGCUACUAGAAAAGAAAACAAAGUGAGGGCGGGAGUCGCACGAUAACUUCAGCGCAUCGUACCUAUUUUAGUUUAUUUCGUGGACCCGUCACGUAGUCGUGCUCGUGACUUUCGAUAAGCAAAAUCCAAGACUUGUCUUGGAAACAACAUGAGUCCCCCGGCUUUCAACGACGUUGCUGCGACCGGCGCGUCCUCAGCAGCAGAGCAGGACGACGGAGAAAUACUAACCCGCACAGCCUUCAAAAAAAACAGCCCUCUGUUUGGAAAACGGCCUACGCCGCACGUAUUAAGCGCGUCGCAGGAUGAGGACGUCAACCACGCGGACACGCAGGACGAUAAGAGUCAGGAUCUAGAAGCCGCACUACUGGCGGAGAAUGCAAGACUGCAAGCGGAAGAGGACUCCAAGAUUCGGACGAUAAGGGAACUGAAGUCGCAAAUCGACAAAGUGAAGGCGGGACUUCUUGCUUCACACACGACUUCGACAGGGUCGUCAACUGCGGGCGGGUGGGGUAAUGCCGCGGCGAAACAUUUAUCGCCAAGAGAAGGUGUUGACUUUCUCUCUUCAUCCGCAACCACUCUCUCCCCGAACAAACAGCCAAGUGGUAGCACUUCGCCUCCGAAAAAGAGGAAAGUCAAGAAGCGGCUGGUGCGAAAGGUGAAGAAAAAAGUGGAUCGAGGCAGCGCGACUGGAGUUGCUGGAAUUGUAUCUGCUGACACCGGGGGCGCAGCUGACGCAGCCGCGUUUGAUGGUCCUCCGUCGCACACAACUACACAAAAGGGAGUCACCUGCUCUUCGCUCGGCGACGAUGCGCGCGCGCUUUUAGAGAAGGCAAGGGAGCGGCGGCACCUGGAGCGACGAGGAGGAGAAGGAACUCCAGAAGGAGCAAGAAGUCCAAGUCAAGGUGGAAUCGAAGCAGCAACAAACGCGAACAACAAAAUAACCACCAGCUCGACCGCGACGAUGGCCGAGCGUGUGUUGCUGUUUCAGGCCAACGAGGGUGGAUCUUGGACGAUGGAUGAGGCGGAGUAUGACGUCGAAGGUGAAGCUUCUCAUGCAGGACGACUUCACGAAGCUGAAAUACACGACCUGGAGGAAGAAAAAGAAGACGUGGCGUCAAAAGCCGCCCGAGGCGUCUACACACUCGAUGGAGUUUUGGUGCCUGCGACUCGUAGUCCGCGACUAGUACCUGCCGGACGACAAAGUGGAGGCACAUCAACUCCUAGACAACAUCCGUGGCACGAGGAAAACGAAAAAGCGCGCGAAGCAAGCCAAUACCAAAUCGUAGACGCGAUUUCACCAGAGCCUGAUCCUGUUCGUCCUUGGGGGUCCUCGCACAGUAUUAACCGGAACAAUUAUCUGCCACGGGCCAUCGGCGCCAGGAGAGAGGACGAUGGCGACGCUGUAGUUGCAGCGAAUAGAUAUUCAUCUUCAUGUAGAAAUGACGAAAGCAACCGCGGUACGGUGCAGGAUGAUGUCAGCAACGCUCAUGAAGACGACGGAGUCGCGCAAUCAUGUUCCCAAGCCCCUGCUGCAAAGAGGACUUUGUCAUCUUCUGUCCCACAUCAGCCCCAAUUCCAGCUGGCCAACAGUCCGCAACAGUUCGACCAGAUCAUGUUUCGAACGCGGAAGACACUGCGGGAAAUCACCACCGUUUUCCAGGACAUUGCGAGGAAGUAUGAGAGUCAAGAUGUCGACCGGCCGGCGGGAAAAGCACAGGGCGACGAGCUCGAUCGGCAAGGCUUUCAAGUUGGACCACGUGGUUGCCGGGGAUUAUCAACAUCCCCUGCACUUUCAUCUCCGCGACACAACAAAGUUGGACCCGCAAAACUGUCCUCGAUCCAGCACCAGCCGUUUGUGGGAACAGCUUUUCACCGGACAUUUCGGUUCUAUCCAGAAGCCGCAACAAGCGGUAUACCGGCGUCUAGUGAAGACGAGGAGCCGAUGAGGAACCGCGGUUUUUGUAGGAGCGUUUCUCUGUCCUCUGCGAACCGAGAAAAACCAAAACGGGACGAUGAAGAGAGGGAUAGUAAAAUGGCACUACAAUCGCUGUCUCCCACUAGUAGCAGGGGCCAGUAUCCCGAUGGGGAUGGCCCCGCUCGUGCGGCCGCUUCACCACCUGUUGCGACAAGGAAGCCGCUCGAGCCACGCUAUCAACAAACGGAAGAAACUGAAGACCAGCAAAGGUCGCCGAACUUUUCGAAGUUGCUUGCGAAGUGGAAGCAGCGGGAUUCAGAUUUUUCCGCCGUUUCUCCAGCGAUUGGUCCUCAUUCGAACUCCUUUCAGAGAAUACAAAGUGAACAAGCUUAGCACAACAUUCGUAAAAAAUCGAGAACGCUUUCAUCUUCCACUUCUGGGAUGGUGUACAUACGGAUAAGUAGGCGGAAUUUUGUUCCAUGGAUUGCCACUUUCGCGUGGUGGUUGUGCGGGGCUUACACGUCCAUGGAGAAGUUGCCCAAUACUAGGUCAUCUGGCAGAAGAUCAUAG